AUGGCUUUUUCCGAUGAUCUCCCACCACCACCACGUGUGAACGAUCAUGUGAAGACGAGAAGAAACAGAAAAAGAAGAACGAUCAAGACGAAGCAACUUGAAGAAUUGAUAAGCACCGCCACAAGAGCCGCUCAUGUUGCAAGAGACAAAGGGUUUUACAUAGUCUCUCCGGAAGCCAUACAAUGCGUUGAGAUCCUUAGACAUAUGCGAACCUUACCUCUAAACGCUCGUCUUAUUACCAAAACCGACGGUUUACGCGUUCUUCUAUUUCUCUCUAAGAACGGUAACCCUAAAAUCAGGUCUGAGUCAAAGGCCGUCAUUGAUCACUGGAAAAGCAUUCUCCAUACCAAAGUUCAUUAA